CUGUGCUUUAAGACAUAUUUAGUAAGGAGUAUGAAAUGGAUUUACAUUGUACCUAUUUAUCAAAAAUAUGUUUAAAUGUAAUAUUUCUUCUGAAAUAUCGUACAAUUUAUAAUUUAAGGGACUUAUAUAACAAGGUAAAAACAAAUGUUGAAGAAAGUUAUUAACAAAGUCCCAGGUAACAUACCACCUCCUCCAAAAAAAGAAAACCAAGGAUAUAUAGAGGACUUGGGAAAGAAACAGAAAUUCGAGUUAGAAGAAUUAUUAGAAAGACAAAAUAAAAUUCUUGCUAAUAAUGCAUUCACAUUGAAGCUUCCAGACAAAGGAGAAAGAAUUAAAGCAUUUCGUGAUAAGAUACUCAAAGAAAUAAAGUGUAAGAAUGAAGUUGAACAGGCAGCUAAUCUUCUUUCAAGGCUAAAUCUAGCAUCUGAAGGUAAAGCUGCUAUGAAUGAAUUAGAAUGGACAGGCAAUUAUAAUGAAACAAAAGAUACAGUGAAGAUUGUUGAACUUGAUAGUGAUGAUGAAGAAGAUCCACUGAAAAUAUUGCACAAGUUAGUUUUAAUCCAUCUACCACCAGAGGAAAGUUUAAUUAAAGCAGAGGAUUUAGCAGAAAUAGAGUCUUUCAAAGUAGAGGAAAAUGAAGAGGCAGAACACAUUAAAUACAUUGUCAGUAAAGUAGAAAAACUUCCACAGGAAAAGGAAAAGAAAAGAGAACCAUUUAAGCCAUACAGAACGACCAAAUCUAAUGUACAUGAUCCAGAAAAAGAGAAACAAAGAAAGUCGAAUAAAAAUUGGGAAGUUACAGCAGCUACACCACCAAACACAGUUCAUGGUGCAGUAAAAGUUAUAAAUUUAAAUGAAUCUUUAAGACUACAAAAAGACCACGCGGAAAAACUUCAGAAAAUUCAAACGAAACAUGCAGCAGAGAGAUUAGCAGAACAACUCGGUUUACAUACUAUUGGCCUACCAUCUGAAUAUGUUAACAGUUAUCGAUUGCGAGAUGAAAAAAACUCUAGUUCAUCUUCUGAAGCAGAAGAUGAAGAAGAACAUGAAGUACACGAUGAUGAAGAUAAUGAUAAAGGAGGCACGGUAGUUUUUACAGUAGAUAGCAUAGAACAUUAAUUUUUUAAGAU